CACGCACUAAAAUUUCUGAAUAUAACACUGUUUUUCAUAAAAGGAGGCUCAUUUUGUUGCACUCCAAUCUUGAUUCUAUAACUCACUGCUUACAAACAUAACUGCUCUUUGGCGUGCGUCACUCCUUAAGUCUCCCCUCUCUAACAUUCGGAUUAGCCCGCAGCUGCGCUGGGCAUGGUAUAAUGGGCACUUUCUCUCUCUACUGCCAUCUUCCAUCAAUUUACCCUUCCAAUUUCGAUUCUACCAAAACCCUACUUUUAAUCACCAGAAGAAACUCUUCUCAUGGAAGCCCUAAAAGCCUUUCUUUAUCCAAACAUGCUUUUCGACCUCCAUUUGUUUGUUUUUCUGCAAGGGACGCCUCUGACUCCAUCCCUGCCGGCGAUAACAUCCCAAGCAACUUCUGCAUUAUAGAAGGACCCGAGACAGUUCAGGAUUUUGUUCAGAUGCAGCUACAGGAAAUCCAAGACAACAUCAGGAGUAGGCGGAAUAAGAUCUUUCUACUCAUGGAAGAGGUACGUAGGUUGCGAGUACAACAACGCAUAAAGAGUGUGAAAGUUAUUGAUGAAAGCGGCGAGGAGGAAAAUGAGAUGCCCGAUAUCCCAUCAUCCAUUCCCUUUCUCCCUCAUGUGACGCCAAAGACAUUGAAGCAGCUCUACCUGACAAGCUUUUCGUUUAUAUCUGCAAUUAUUCUCUUUGGAGGCCUUCUUGCACCAACAGUCACGGGUUUGAAAUGGGAAAAAGCCUCUCCACAUGCGGAGCUGGAGCUGAGAUUAGGAAUAGGUGGCACCUCAUAUGAAGAUUUCAUACGCAGCAUGCAUUUGCCUCUGCAAUUAAGUCAGGUGGAUCCUAUCGUGGCAUCAUUUUCAGGUGGAGCAGUGGGGGUAAUCUCGGCUUUGAUGUUAAUUGAAGCUAACAAUGUUGAGCAACAAGAGAAGAAAAGGUGCAAGUAUUGCCAUGGAACCGGAUACUUGGCCUGUGCCCGUUGUUCUGCAAGUGGCGUGUGUUUAAAUAUUGAACCCAUUUCAGCGACCAUUGCUUCUAAUCACCCAUUACGAGCGCCCACAACUCAAAGGUGUCUAAACUGCUCAGGGGCAGGAAAGGUAAUGUGCCCAACUUGUCUAUGCACGGGGAUGGUAAUGGCGAGCGAGCAUGAUCCGAGAAUAGAUCCAUUUGACUAGGAAAGACUGCAAGUCUUCCCUUCGGCAAUGUAAUACACUUUGUUUUAUUUGAUAUUUUUAUCUGACUCAGAACUUUUCUUCAAAUCUGUAUAUGUGGCCAAAAAUAUCUGCCCAAAAGAUGGAAACAGAGGUACAUGACAUGUUUGUAUGUGCCUUUAAAUGAAGCUGAAUUUUGAGGAGAAAAUAUGAGAGGUGGGAUAUGAUAAUAAUAUCAAGUAUCAAGAUCGACUUCUUUUUCA